GGAGCAGCAGUCCUCCCGGCUCCGCGGCUGUUCCGGCGGUGGCGGCGGGGUAGCGGGCGGCUUCAGGACCUCGGCGGCCUCCGAGGCCCGGACACUCUUCUGGGCGAGCGCCCCCGGGAUCCCUCUGCGAGCUACAUGGUAUCACUGUUGAAGAGCUGUCCUGCAUGGUUCAAGGAUGUGUGGUCACUGCUGCUCAACGCCCUUGUUGGACCAGAUCCCUGCCAGCAUGAUGCCAUGCUUGGAUUCCAAGGUGACCAUGGAGGCUGGCGGCCUGCCCCUGGAGCUGUGGCGCAUGAUCUUAGCCUACCUGCACCUUCCUGACCUGGGCCGCUGCAGCCUGGUAUGCAGAGCCUGGUAUGAACUGAUUCUCAGUCUCGACAGCACCCGCUGGCGGCAGCUGUGUCUGGGCUGCACCGAGUGCCGCCACCCCAACUGGCCCAACCAGCCUGAUGUGGAGCCGGAGUCUUGGAGGGAGGCCUUCAAGCAACACUACCUGGCCUCCAAGACAUGGACCAAGAAUGCCCUGGACUUGGAGUCCUCUGUCUGCUUUUCUCUAUUUCGCCGGAGGAGGGAACGGCGUACCCUGAGUGUCGGGCCAGGCCAUGAGUUUGAUAGCCUGGGCAGUGCCUUAGCCAUGGCCAGCCUGUAUGACCGAAUUGUGCUGUUUCCAGGUGUGUACGAAGAGCAAGGUGAAAUCAUCCUGAAGGUGCCUGUGGAGAUUGUAGGCCACGGGAAGCUGGGUGAGGUGGUCCUGCUAGCCAGCAUCGACCAGCACUGCUCAACCGCACGCCUGUGCAACCUCGUCUUCAUGCCGGCCUGGUUCUCACCCAUCAUGUAUAAGACAACAUCAGGUCAUGUCCAGUUUGACAACUGCAACUUUGAGAAUGGGCACAUCCAGGUCCAUGGCCCGGGCACCUGCCAAGUAAAGUUUUGCACCUUCAGAAACACCCAUAUUUUCCUGCACAAUGUGCCCCUGUGUGUCCUGGAAAACUGUGAAUUUGUAGGCAGUGAAAACAACUCUGUGACUGUUGAGGGCCAUCCGUCAGCAGAGAAGAACUGGGCCUACAAGUAUCUGCUGGGGCUUAUCAAGUCCUCACCCAGUUUGCUUCCCACAGAGGACUCUGGCUCUUUAAUGUCUCUGGACCUCGAGAGCAGGGACCAGGCCUGGAGCCCAAGGACCUGUGACAUUGUUAUUGAGGGCAGCCAGAGCCCUACCAGCCCAGCCUCUAGCUCUCCAAAGCCAGGCUCCAAGGCUGGCUCCCAGGAGGCAGAGGUGGGCAGCGAUGGCGAAAGGGUGGCCCAGACCCCAGACAGCAGCGAUGGAGGCCUGAGUCCUAGCGGCGAGGAGGAGGAUGAGGACCAGCUCACAUACAGAUUGUCCUACCAGGUACAGGGCCCACGCCCUGUCCUGGGGGGCUCCUUUCUGGGCCCGCCACUGCCAGGAGCGUCCAUUCAGCUGCCCAGCUGCCUGGUGCUGAACUCCCUGCAGCAGGAGCUGCAGAAGGACAAGGAGGCCAUGGCACUGGCUAGCUCUGUGCAGGGCUGCCUCAUCCGCAAGUGCCUCUUCCAGGAUGGGAAGGGAGGUGUCUUCGUCUGCUCCUACGGCCGAGCCAAGAUGGAAGGAAACAUCUUCCGGAACCUGACCUAUGCAGUGCGAUGUAUACAUAAUAGCAAGAUCAUCAUGCUCAGGAAUGACAUUUACCGCUGCAGAGCAUCUGGCAUCUUCCUCCGUUUGGAGGGCGGAGGCCUGAUCGCCGGCAACAACAUUUACCACAACGCAGAGGCUGGCGUGGAUAUCCGGAAAAAGUCCAACCCACUGAUACUGUGUAACCAGAUCCACCAUGGCCUUCGCUCUGGCAUUGUCGUCCUCGGCAACGGGAAAGGCAUCAUCCGGAACAAUCAAAUCUUUUCAAAUAAGGAGGCUGGCAUUUACAUCCUGUACCACGGAAAUCCAGUUGUGAGUGGGAACCAUAUUUUCAAGGGCCGUGCUGCCGGCAUCGCAGUGAACGAGAACGGCAAGGGCCUCAUCACAGAAAAUGUCAUCCGUGAGAAUCAGUGGGGUGGUGUGGACAUCCGUCGCGGAGGGAUCCCUGUCCUCAGGAGCAACCUCAUCUGCUUCGGCUAUUCAGAUGGCGUGGUGGUGGGAGAUGAAGGCAAGGGGCUGAUAGAAGGAAACACCAUCUACGCUAACAAAGGCUGUGGUGUGUGGAUGAUGUCGUCCAGCCUGCCCCACGUCACCAGCAACCACGUCAGCUACAAUGGCCUUUAUGGAGUGGCAGUGUUUAGCCAGAAAGAUGGCUCCAGCGAGUUCCCUGGAGGCCAUGGGGCCCAGGAGAACUUCAGCGAGGACGGGGAUGCCAUCCUUUGGGAGACAGAGCUGGAGAAGGAUGACGACCCGCUGCGCCGGCCCAUCACCGUGGCUCUUGUUGAGUCUAACAGUAUCAACCACAGUGGAGCCUCGGGGCUCUAUGUCCAGAGCAGUGAGGCACUGCACGUAAUCACCAAUGUGAUCCACGCCAAUGGGGACAGAGGCAUCACUGUGGCUCAGAGCAGCCAGCUCACCCGCGUGGCCAACAACAGCAUCUCCUGCAACCGCCAGAGUGGGGUCAAGGUCGAGGCACAGUGCAAGGUGGAGCUCCGGGGCAACGGUAUCUAUGACAACAGAGGCCACGGCAUCAUCACCAAGGGCGACAGCACUGUUGUCAUCGAAAAUGACAUCAUUGGCAACCGGGGCAGUGGGCUGCAGCUGCUGCCUAGGUCCGACACGAAGGUAAUAAAGAAUCGGAUCCAUUCAUUUCGGGCCUAUGGCAUUGCAGUGCGGGGCCGUGCCAAGGCCCUGGUGCAGGAGAACAUCAUCUUCCAGGGCAAGACCAACAAGACCAUCUUUCAGCAGAUCUCAAACAAUCGAGAAUGCGUCAUGCAAAACAACAAGUUCCUGGUCUUCAAGAAAAAGUCUGAUACAUGGCGUUUGGUGAACCCCCCAGCACGGCCUCACCUUGAAAACUCUCUCAGAGGCCCCUCUGCAGCCCACAGUGGGCAGAAGGUGGCGGCCAUGGCGACCAGGAUCACAGCCCGUGUGGAAGGUGGCUACCACAGCAACCGCAGCAUCUUCUGCACCAUCCUGUAAGGACAGAACCGCCCCAGCUCAGGCCUGGAGGACUUCCGGAGCAGACCACAUUCCCUGCUCUCAGGCCCAGGCCCUGACAGGUGCUCGGAAGAACUGAGAGGUGAAGCCCUUCAGAUGGAAGUAGUGCCUGGGAAGACUCCAGGCCCCUCUCCGUCCUUUUACUCAUCACUCCCCCACACCCCCACCCUGACAGACAGGCUCCUGGGUCUCCAGUCUGCUGGAGACUAAGAACAGAGUACCUCCAAGACCCUUCCGCCACAAUGCUGAGCAGGAAGGAACUUAGAAAUGCUUUUCAACGAGUGAGAGGGACAAAAGUUGGUAGGUUUCCCGUCACUCAAGCUCUUGUGGCAAUUAUGAAGAGUCAGGGAAAAUCAAAUGAUGCCUGAAGUUUCGGUGAGUGUUUUCUGUUGUUUGGUUUACAAGGAACCACCUCUUAACACACCAAACACAGACACUUCUCAGGGAAGAGCAGGUUUGCUCUGGAGGGAGGGAAUUGAUCCUGGAUUCUGGUGAAGUGGGAAGAGACAACUGCCCCAGAAUUUUCCCCUUUCCUAGACCUUCCAGGGACAUCAGCACUCUCUUCCAGCUGCCUGUGUUUAGCUUAUUUAAAAGGACAUUUCUUACACUUGGACAUGGACCUGAGAGGAAGGCAGGUGCUUCAGACAGGAUGACAAAGGGACAUGUGGGAAACAGGAGGGGUGCCAGCAGAAGCUUCCUUCAAGCAGCUCAGGAGUAUGGGCAGGCUCCAGGCCGGGAGGAUGUGGUGAUGCAUGCAAUUCGCCACCCUCAAGUUGCUUCCAGACUCAGGAGGAUAGCAGCUCAGUGCCUGCCACAGAAGGAAGAUCCAAAUCCCAUGUGAGAGCACCCACACCAGCUACCCCUUCCUGGACCCCAGUUUUAGAGACUGGUCCAGAUGGAGGGCCCCUUGUGUGUAUCCAUGUCCUCUCAUGGAUAGUCACCUGCCUUUACUGACCCUCCCAUGUUUUCCCACUCUGUGCCUUGGCUCAGGCUGCUUCUUCCUCCUGGCAUGCCCUUUUCUGCCAUGUACCCACAUCCGGAUCCCACCCACCCUUCAAGGUUUAACUCAGACACUGCCAUCUCCACGAAGCACACCCCUUCCUCCGGAUGAUAAUGCUCUUUCCCUGCUAUCAACUCCAGUAGCCUUUUCUCUCUUCCCUCUCAGGGUCCCAAGCACUUUCUGCCUUGUUUUGGAGCUAUCCGGGUCCACUCCCUGUCCCUGAGGGUAGGGCAUGUCUUGCUGUUUGUGUCCCCAUCAUCAGCCUAGGGCCAGGGUUUGGCCUGAGUGCAGAGGGGAAGGCUAGCUGCCAAAACUUGACUGAAGCAUACUGCACAUGUGUCAAGGUUCCUGAGCCAAGGGGCUGGGACCCCGAUUGUCGAGGAAGGGGGCUGGAUGCAGGAGUGGCUCGGCCUGAGUAGUCCCCUCCCACACGGCUUUCCAUGCGGGGCCUCUCCCAGCCUGUGGGGGUUGCUGUUGUGCUCUUCGCCAAUGCCUUCCCAGACUGGUCCUGUCAGGCCCUAGGUGCUGCCUUGCUGGGUGGGCUGGGAGGGGGACAGAAGGAGCCAGGAGCCCUGGCUUUACCCUGACCUGAGGACCUUGGGCACAGCAGCACUGCCCCCUCCCAGCCCAGCACUGUCCUUCACACUUCUCUUUGGUGGCCCCAAUGUGAGUCGCUGUACAAAAUGCUGCCUUUAUUAUUUUGUAAGAUGACUUUUUCUGAACCAAGUGCUUAUGAAAACCUCAAUAACCAAAAUAA